CCAGCUUCAUCACGGAGUUUCUCUCGGUUUGUGGGCUCAUCUAAAGGACCAACGUGGAUCGAGAAGUCAGCGCUCUCAGGAGGCCGACAAUUUUGUUGAAGAAAGAAGUGGAAGAAAAAAAUACAACCGUGACGAGUUUGGGAAAGAUUUUACUGUGAAAGCUUCCCUAAAAAUGCAUCAGGUCAUCGACACCGGAGAGAGACCGUUAAGCUGUGGAGACUGUGGAAAGUCCUUUACCAGGUCUGGAAACUUAAAAACACACAAACUCAUCCACACCGGAGAGAGACCGUUCAGCUGUGGAGACUGUGGAAAGUCCUUUACCAGGUCUGGAAACUUAAAAACACACAAACUCAUCCACACCGGAGAGAGACCGUUCAGCUGUGGAGACUGUGGAAAGUCUUUUACCACGUCUGGAAGCUUAAAAACACACAAACUCAUCCACAGUGGAGAGAGACCGUUCAGCUGUGGAGACUGUGGAAAGUCUUUUACCACGUCUGGAAGCUUAAAAACACACAAACUCAUCCACAGUGGAGAGAGACCGUUCAGCUGUGACGAGUGUGGAAAGUCUUUUACCCACUCUGGAAGCUUAAAAACACACCAACUCAUCCACAGUGGAGAGAGACCGUUCAGCUGUGACGAGUGUGGAAAGUCUUUUACCCAGUCUGGAAACUUAAAAUCACAUCAACUCAUCCACAGUGGAGAGAGACCGUUCAGCUGUGGAGACUGUGGAAAGUCUUUUACGCAGUCUGGAAGCUUAAAAACACACCAACUAAUCCACAGUGGAGAGAGACCGUUCAGCUGUGGAGACUGUGGAAAGUCUUUUACCACGUCUGGAAGCUUAAAAACACACAAACUCAUCCACAGUGGAGUUAAAGCGUACACCUGUGAUCAGUGUGGCAGAGCUUUUACUCACAGUAAGAGCUUACAGAGUCAUCUAGUUACCCACUCUGGCAUUAAGGCGUACAGCUGUGACAUUUGUGGAAAAACUUUCAGCCUGAUAGGGAGCCGAAGCAUUCACCUACGCAUUCACACCAGACAUGAUGUGUACAGCUGUGAUCAGUGUGGUAAACAGUUUACUACAAACACAGAGUUACGACGUCACAUGUUUACCCACACUGAGGAACGACCUUAUAAAUGUGACCUGUGUGAGAAGACUUUUAAAUCUCCACAUUACCUGAAAGCACACCAACAGAUCCACACCAGAAAGACUCUACAAGUGCAGUUACUGUGAGAAGCAGAGCGACACAGAUGGAUCAAGUUCUCAACCCUGUCAUCGCUGUGGGAAAGACUUUUGUUGUGACCUUUGUGGAAAAACUUUAAGUCAUUGAAGGACUCUGAAAAUACAUCAACGUAGACACACUGGAGACAAAAUGAACUACUGUAAAGAAUGCGGGAGAGGCUUCACCACUUCAAAGGACUUCAAACAAUAUGAACUCCUUCACAGUGGCGUUAAAAAGCAUGUCUGCGAACAGUGUGGGUCAUCCUUCAUCAGUGCAUGUCAGCUUGAAAAGCAUAAACGAGUCCACACAUGAGAGAAACCAUACAAGUGCAGACACUGUGACAAAACCUUUUCACAAUCAUGUGAUCAUACUAAGCAUGAACGCAGACACAUGAAAGAGAACUUCAUCUGUGAAAGAGUUUGAGUAAUCUCAGUUCAUACUCCACUCAGAAACGAUUCCAUGUUACAAAUAAACUGUUACGUCUUGAUUCCUGCUUUUACGUUAAUCUUGUAAACAGUACAUUUGCAUAACGACUGAAACCAGCCCAAUGAAUGAACAAUGGGCUGUGAGGUCAAUUUCUUCA